AUGGCUUCACGUACAAGCAUCAACUGGAAGUGUUUGCACGUUCGCCCUCAAGAUGUUCCCUCUUUAACACGGGAACAUACGGCGCAUGUCGUUGGGCCUAGUCCAUAUGAUGGCCUACUGGAAAUUGCUGUGCCCAAUCACCCACCCUUCGAUUCUCGGUAUGCGGACCUAUCUAAGAAGCCCCCAGUGUCCAUUGAGUCAAUGAUGUCCAAGUACUUGUUGCACAUGCACGGACCGGUGGUCGCCUAUCAGUGCGCACUCUUGAACUUUGUUGAAAUUAUUCGAAAGGGCAUCGCCAAGCAUGGAACGAGUCUGGCAGAGUAUUACCUGGAGCGAUACAGCCUUACUACUCCAUGGAUCGAAUACAUCCUCGUAUUUGAUGCACUGUCUAAAAUAAAAGCCGGUUCAAACUUUAAACUAAAACAACAGCGACAGGAUUUCGUUCAGGCGAUCGUCUUCAUCGCCCUCUCGGUAGCCCCGCCUGAUGAUCAAUUACGCUCCGGAAUUGAACAUAUCGGCCCAGCUGCAGUAAUUGAACGACUACAAGAAGGCCUUGAGCAUGAGUAUAGGAGGCCUCAGCCAAAUCCCAAUCUCAUCGUUAUGGUUCGCAUGCUGCUGUCAGGUGUUGGGGCCACGAAGCCCACGUCACGCGUGGGACUGCUCCCCCAGCAAGAACUUGAUUUUCCAAAGGCGAUUUAUCAACUGAUGGGUGGCUGUCAGACCAGAAGCCUACGAUCCGUGACUCAAUCACUCAUUGAUAAGAACAUCCCCAAACUGGGGAUAGUCACGUGGUCAUAUAUACCAGAAUUCCCUUGUCAUCUGAUAUCUAGUCUGUCGGAAAGCGCACUACACUGCCUGGCCCAACUGCUGGAAUCUAUGUCUGAUCUUGACUUGAAUCCUAUGCAAAGGGGCAACCUUCACAAGAUAUUGGCGGUCUCGAUCUGUCUCAAUCCUGGAACACAGAAUUGCGAGGCGACCCAUCCGAUUGUCGACGAGAUGCAUAAAUUCUACCUGCGAGCCAGUCAAAGUCUAAAGCAGGCAACAGGAACGGCGCAGAUGGCCGUCGAUCUCCUGACAAUGGUGUGUAUUGCACAACGAUACCCAUCUUCGGGAACAUUUCAAAGCCUCACAACGCCGUUCUGUGCUUUGCAUCGGACCUUCGUUGGAGGAACACCAUUCACAAGCCUUCCAGCCCCUGAACGCUACAUUUCCUCCUUCAUAGAGGCCUCCACGCGCGUAGCUAAUAAACGGUUUGAAACUUGUACUUCCAGUCUUCUUUCUACUGCCUCAAUAUCCUUCCCACCUCGGCAAGUCGUUGCCCAAGAAGACAUUCACGAGUCUUUACAAGACUUGGUUGGUCUGGUGAAUGAGACCUGGACCGAGUCUGUCAGCAAGCUGUCACAAUUAAAGAGUCCUUCAGAAGGUAGCAAGAUUACACAGCCGAUGUGGGAUUUAUUCCACGGUGGUUACCUUGACUUUGAGAUUGUGGAGAAUUACCUACAAUUACUUCGGCCUACAAGCCGCCACGUAGAGAUUCUUCCGGCUCGGAUGCUUCGCGGAGAUCAGAACUCCAUUCAUGAAACAGAUGGAAUUGAUCAUCCUGCCGUCAUUCCCCUCUUUUAUGAGAACCAUUGGGCAUUCGCUGUUGCCUAUUCAGAUUGUUUUCACUGGUACGACAGCGCGCCUGGUAAUGCCAGAAGCGUACCUCUCGUUGGCGGUGCCCGGCCCGUCAUAGAAGGGUGGCAGAGUCCACGUUACAGUGAUCCCGCUGACGCAGGCGUGUUCAUGCUCAUGGGCAUCAAACUUAUAAUGCAGCGCAAACCUCAUCUCAGCCAAGGCGUUGCCGACGAACUCAUACAACCUUUUCGUGCUGGCGCGUUUGUAGAGCUCCUUUGCCGCAAGGCCAAUCCAUUGCCUACAGAUCUACUCAGUAUCGAUCUGGAGAAAGUUAUAGAAACUGGAGACCUAACCCUCGCCGCCAACCAAAUAAGCCAGGAAGCUGCUUUAGCUUACGGCCUGGAACAGCGACCCUUGAUGGAAGACGGGUUGUUUGUAACAGAACGUGAAGACCAGGUUGUUUCUCCACCAUGUACUGCACUAAAUCCGACUGUAGAAACCAUUCCCCUCAGCAGAAAUCCAAUGCAGCCGCCCGUAACAUACUCUGAGCCUCCCACAGAACCUAGCAGUGCACAGACACAACCCCCGGCCAAUACGUCACGUAAGAGAAGAUCACCGCCUGCUGUUGUAGAUGGCGGCAUAGGUGGGUAUGGAUGCGAUCCUAGUGGUGACCGUAAAGUCAUCUUAGACAAUAUUUCACACGGUAUGCACUUCAAGCGGUCAGCAAUAGUAUCUUCAGAUGAUGACCCAUUCGUUCUGUGGGCACUUCUCCGGUAUUCGAAGACAAGUGGAAAUCUUCAUCGUCGCUACCACGCCGUCCUAUUCCACAAGAUGAUGGAAGAUGAUGUCCGACGAGAGAAAAUGGCAUCAUCGACACGGAGCAAAGCCUGCAUGAAAAGGGACCUGUGGAGCUGGAAAUUUUGGAAAAGCAUCAGCGAUAUCGGCGUGAAAUAUGGCCUAGGACCUCUUGUCACGCUCUGUGCGUUCAGGAAUGACUUCAGCGGUUAUCGAUUGUCGGAGGAAGCACAGAAACCUCUGAUAAGAGCAUUAGAAACUCGAUUACAGAACAAAUCGGACAUGCUGCGCUCAUGGCUCCAAGAGGCGUCCGAAUUGUGUAAGAUUAUACUCGUUGGACCCACACCAGUAUCUCUUUUCAACAUCGACAAAUAUAACUCUCACACGGAGUCCGAGAUAACAGACUAUCAGUAUGAAUUCUACGUGCGUUCAGAACAACAUCGGGGCCCAAGUAGGUAG